AUGAGCAAUAAUUUAUGGUCACAACCACCUCCACCUCCCCCACCAUUGGUUUUUGGCACAACAUACGACGACCCAGGGCUUCAAAAAACUCGCAUUUUUUUAACAAAUCCGGGCGUGUCAUCGGGAACUUUUAGUUCUGCGGUAGCAGAAACAAGUUGUGGGGCUGAUUUAGCUAAUUACCGGGAGGUUAUUGAACCUCCUCCACCCCCUCCGUUUCUUUUACCUGCAAUACCAAGCACUACUGUGGGUAACACUACGAGUAGCAAUAUUUUGCGAACUUGUGAAGAAUAUGAUCGAAUGUCCACUUCUAGUGAUAAAGAACGAGAUGCGUCUCUCACCAAACGUUCUCGAUUUACUGGGACUGUCUAUGACUUACCGGAGGACAGUCGGAGACCGCAAAUUGCUGAAGGUCGCACAUUUCCUUUGAAAGUUCGUGGUGAGUAUUUGCCGUAUGAGAGUGUCAGAGGGGCAGAAAAGGACUUACAUCGUUUUGGCUCUUUACCUUAUCAGCAGAGCACGGGCGAUUUAAGCGACGACCCUGAACGGCCAGUAAUACUUACCGCAACAAAAUUCGUACGGAAAUUACCUAUACCUCACAAUAAUGCAGUUCAAAACACCCCUGGGAAGAAAGAUGCUAUUCAACACGUAUCACCGAGGCGUGUGAAUUCGCCGAAUGGCAGGUCUUCCGUCGAAGUGAUUGUUGAACCCUCUCCAGGAACGUCUGAAGAAACCAGUCUCCCUAAGCCAUCUGAAUUGAAGAAAGCAGCCAGCAGUGGCACAUUGUCAAGAAACGGGAUGUCCUGGAGGAGAAGAAAGUCAAAUAAUGGAUUAACGGAAAAUUCAGAUAUCUCACAGGCUUUUGUCAGGGCAAAAGGAAAUUAUCGUUUAAGACGAAUUAAAGAUCAGUUCUUCACUGAGGAUUCAAAUGAAUGCUUUGAAUUUGCCGAGUGUGGGUCUUGUACGCCUGGGAUUUUCUGCAUAUAUGAUCAUAAAGGAGAUUCUUCUCAUCGAACAGUAAAAGUUUGUACAAGGCUUUUAAAAGGCCGAUGUCGAAAAACCAAAUGUAAAUUUUUGCAUUCAUUGCAAGCUCACCAAAUGCCUGUGUGUGAUUACUACCUCCGACGAAUAUGCACAGAAGAAAACUGCCAGUUUUUGCAUGUAAAACAUGCUGAUAGUGCGAAACCUUGCGAUCAAUUCAACCGAGGCAUUUGCAAACUAGGAGAUGAUGUGACCUUUCUUAUUAACCUUCUUUUGAUUUCUUUAACCUUUCGAUGUGUUCUGCUAUUUUACAUCAAAGCUUUUUUCGUCUUUGUUACUGUUAGUGUUACGCACACGAUUCGCAAUACAUUUUCGAUCUUUCGGUUACGAUUUAGAAGCCCAAAACCGGUAGCUUCUCUUACGUGCCCGUUUCCACAUCGUUAUUUUCGUGCAGUCAUCGCAAAACGAGGUGCAGAGACGACGUCAUAUGAGUUGAAAAGUACUGGAACAUUUACUGACGAUGAUGACGAAGUAGGCGAUGAAUUGGAAGACAGUGGCGGUGUUUUGUUAUGGCCAAUUUGA